AUGCUCCAGCAUCACUACCUGUUGCCGCUGCGCCGGAACUACCUGCCAGAGAAGGUGCACCAACAAAACACGUUGGGGGAUCCACCCACUCAGAGACGCCCUCCUGUGGCUACCAGGGGGUCCUCCCCGUCCACCACGUUGACCGACGGUGCUAGCGACACCACCUGUAGUGGUCCUACACUGUCGGACGACUCUAUGUUUGAUAUCACGGGGAGAGACUCUCUGGUGUCAGUGCACUCCAGUAUAUUGGAGAACCUUUCUAUCUCUGGUAUCUGUGAAAGAGAGGAGGAACCCCGAGUUAGUGUCCCCCCUAACCGUCCCAGAAUGGUCGACUCCCAGACAUCCCCAAUGAGCUCCCCUUCCGACAACACCAGCAGACGAUGCGGUCAGGAGGUGCGGCCCCGCCAGCAUGCAGUUGAGUGCGACUGGUGCAACCGAUGGCAACACCGCAAAUGUGGCACAGGCAUAACCCAGACAGCAUAUCGGGAGGCGAUGCGUCUCGGGGAAGUAACGUAUGUGUGUCGUCCAUGCAUAGACGCAGAGGCCAUGGACAACGAAAUGCCCGUCCUAGAGAUAACCGCAACAGUUCCCCAGGUUGACGACGACGAUGCCGGUGACGAUCACCCAAUUCCACUGCUAGAAGAGAGUGUCCCUAGUGAUGAGAGCGAGACGCUAUUCGAGGGGUCAACGACAGACGCGACACGCCGCCUGGUCGACUACAUCAGCCGGCAGUGGGUCCACAGCGGGUCCUUUGAACCAAGUGACUGGUCUGUCUUCCGACAGGACUCCGUACCAACAACGACCUUGAAGGUUACCACAACCGCCUGAAUGCGAAAGCCGGCAGCGGUGUCGGUUUCUAGCGACUAGUUCCUCAUCUUAGACAGGAAUCUGAAAGGAUGAGGCUACUGGUUGAAGGCAGCGACCUCCACCAGAUCACAACAACGCGAUCGGCAAAAGUUCAGAAGUCCCUGGUUUCCCUCUGGGACAAGUACGAGGCGAGAGAGUGCACCACCUAUGAGUUCCUGGCCAAGGUCGGUCAGGCGUACGGCGUUGUGCUGGAUUAAUGAACAUGCAUUUUGUCACGUUGUCUGUGUAUUGUUUGUAGUUUUUCUUGUACAUGUAUAUUUAAUUGGGUAGUUAUGUUGUAAAUUAUGUUGUAUUUAAAAAAACAAUAAUUGCUUUAAGGCCUUUUUAUUUCAAUUUUCGACCUUUUUGGUACGCUUUGAGGCCUUUUUGGGUAAGGCCUUUUUGGUAUUCGGCCUUUUUGGUAUGCGGCCUUUUUGGUUUUCGGCCUUUCUGGACCUAAACCGUUUUUAAUACAACUCAGAAAGACAAUAAGUAUUGAAAACUUACUUAUUGCCAUUAUGAAUUGCAUUUGUAAUGUGCAAAUCCUCCAUGAUUUCGAAUUAGUUUUUCUUUGUCGCAAAUGACACGCUUAUACAAUAAAAGCCGAAGGAUCUCGAAUGAUCUGCUUUUUGACUGUCACACGUCAAUAAAUAUCGACUAUUAUACGUUUCUUUUAUCUAUUAAAUGGAACCAGUCUGUAUAAAAAACAAUACUCGUGAAAACAGCCCUAGGUUACAUACAACUAUACAAAUAAAUAUUCGGAACCGAAAUUUCCAGGGGUGGAUCCGUACCCGCAAAUCUGAAGUAGGAUCCGAUAUCAUCGGAUAUUUCGGAUACCCGUUGCAGCCCUACUUUUAACUGCCACAAAUUUUCUAAAUCGGUCGUUGUCGUUUCAUGUUCUACUUAAAAAUACCCGAGUAUUCUGAAGUUUACUACACUAUACCCAGGUAUGGAAAUAACGUUUAAAGACGCCCGGUAAUACUCCAGUGUACUUUAAGUAUAUUUGUUUUACCCCGGGUAAAUGGUAGUACAUGUAUACUUAAGAGUUCCCGGGUACUUUUACGUAGUAUCUGAGCCGACAAUGACCAAUAACCAAUAAAGGUUGUUCGAUUGAUCGAUGUAGGUUCAUGUAUUACUAAAAGUACUUAGGGUACUCUUAAGUUUACUACAGC